UGGAAAUGGUUUAAGGUAAACUAAAAUUUCUUAAACAUUUAUAGCUUGAGUAUAAGAAUCUAUUAAAAAUGCAACUAAAGGAUAAUUUUUGUCAUUAUUCUAUUGGAAACGAUAGAAUUGUUUAGGUGCUUUAGAUGAAACUUACAUUAAAGUCAAUGCCUUGAAAAUUGAUAAGCCUAGAUACAAAACAAGGAAGAAUGAAAUUGCUACAAAUGUGUUAAGGGUAUGUUCACAGGAUAUGCAAUUCAUAUAUAUCUUACUUGGAUGGGAGGGUUCUACUUCAGACUCUAGGGUUCUUCGAGAUGCAAUAUCUAGAAGCAAUGGAUUGAAAGUCCCAAAAGGUUUUUUCUACUUAUGUGAUGCUGGGUAUACAAAUGGAAAGGGAUUUUUAACUCCAAAUAGAGAUGGAAGUUGCAUCAUCUCAAGGAUUAGGAAGGACAAGCAAAAGAUCCACCCAUCAGUGGACACCUACUGAAGAUGGAGUCUUAAUUGACUACUGCAUUGAUCUUGUGAAUGAAGGAAGUUGGGGUAGAGAUAAUGGGACAUUCAAGCCUGGUUACUUGCAACAACUUGAGAAAUGGAUGAAAGAAAGGAUCCCAAAUUGCAACAUAAGGGCUAUCCCCCAUAUUAACUCUAGAAUGAGGUUGUUGAACACACAAUAUAGGGAAAUUGCUAAGAUGAUAUCGCAUUCCGCUUCUGGAUUCUGUUGGGAUGAUGUCAAGAAAUGUGUUACUUGUGAUGAUGAUGUUUGGAUUGGUUGGGUUAAGAGUCACCCAGCUACUACAGGACUUAGAAACAAGCCUUUCCCUCACUUUGAUCAGUUAGCCAUUAUAUUUGGGAAGGAUAGAGCAACUAGGGAAGGAGCAGAGUCACCAGUUGAUGUAAUGGAGAACAUAGAAACUAAGGAAGUUGCAUUUGCAGCAACAGGGGUAGCUUCAGAAGCUUUCAUUGCAUUGAAUGUUGAUGAAGAUGACAAUGGUGAUGAUGAUGUUUCUCCUGCUCAAGCUACCAAUAGUGAGGGAUCCACUGCUGCUAGAUGAAGGACUAUAAAGCAAGGUGACAGAGAGGUGAGUCGCAAAAAAAAACUAAGACAAAAAGUAAUGGUGACAACAUUGUUCAUGCAUUCCAAUCUAGUGUGGAUAAGAUUGGAGAAAUCUGUCAAGGUGUAAGGGAAGGAAUUGAUAAAUUAGCAAGUUGUUUUCAAUUCACGGCUGAAGAUACGAGGUUGAAAAAGCGUGUAGCUGAGAUAGUUCAGGGAGUUGAAGGUUUGACUCCCGAAGAAAUUGUUAAGGCUAGACAUAUCGUCUAUAGUGAUAUGUGGAAGAUAAAUUAUCUAUUUUCAUUGUUAGAGGAGUUGCAGAAAAUUUAUGUGAAGGCUUUGCUUAAUGGCUCAAUCUAAAGCAAUGAUGGGUAUUGUUAUUGCAAAGAACUAGUUAUCAAUUUAGGGUGAACUUUAACAGUGUUAUUAACUUUGAACUCUUUUGUAUUUUAACAAUGGUGUGUCUAUCCUUUACGUGACUUCAACUUUGGUUUUAUUAGAACUUUAUGACUUUUG